GUGUGCAGAAGUCCUGCUAGUCUGGUCCUUGUUCCCGUCUGGGUACCAGCUUGCUUCAGCAGCGCAGCCGGUGGGGCCCGAGGCUAGGAGAAGGAGAAGGAGUCAGCUUGCCGGAAUUUUGCAGGUCUGCAGGUCUGUUGUUCAUAGCAGUACGCAGGGCUAGAAAAGGCGAGGAAGAAACUGACCGAAUCAGUACGGAAGUAGUUGUUUUCAAAGAAGAAUAAGCAGAAAAAAGAAAGGAAGAGGGAACAGGAGGAAGAGAGACAGAUACAAGAUGACACCCUGUCAAAAGAUUGAAGGAAAACCAGAAAAUGAGAGUGAACCAAAACUUGAGGAAGAGCCAAAGCCUGAGGAAAAGCCAGAGGAGGAGGAAGAGCCAGAAGAGGAGGAAAAAACAGAAGGAACUUUUAGAGAAAGGCUGAUUCAGUCUCUCCAGGAAUUUAAAGAAGAUAUACACAACAGGCAUUUAAGCAAGGAAGAUAUGUUUAGAGAAGUGAAUGAAUUAGACGAGAUAAGGAGAGUAAGAAACAAACUUAUAGUGAUGCGUUGGAAGGUUAAUCGAAACCAUCCUUACCCCUAUUUAAUGUAGUUUACCUUGAUUUUUAUUUUUUCUGAUGUUAACAUUACUUUCUUUUGAUUUGCGUUUUCCCAAUACACCUUUGUCCAUCUUUCUACUUUUAACUUGUUGCUAUUAGUGGUUUUAGAUGCAUCUCAUUGUUUAUUUUACUUCAAAGCAAUCUACAAGUCUUUGCCUUUUAAUAAGAGAACUUUACUCAUUUGUACAAAAAGAGGUUCCUGGCAGGAUAUAAAAUGAAAAAAGAAGUUACUAAGUAAUCUGUGAAUAUCAUAUUUUUAAAAAGGAAGAGUACAUUUAUAUAUCACAUAUAUGCACAGAAGAACAUGUGAAGGAUGAAAGACAAAAAGUACAGUCAGUGGUAGAAUUAUGAGUGAUUUUUUUAUUCAGCUUAUUUGUAUUUUUCCUUAUUUCUAGAAUGUACACACACUAUUGUUAAAAAUAAUA